AUGCACAGCAGAAGGAAGAUGUUACUUUUACAUGGUCUGCCAGAGGAGCCUAAUGAGGAUAUAGUAUCUACUCUUGCCAAAACAAUCUCUGAACGUCUGAAGAUCACAGAGUUCUACAACAAGGACAUUAAUCGUUGCCAUCGUAUUGGAAAAACUACUUCUACCGAUCGUUCUCGACCAGUUUUAGAAAAGUUUAAUGAUGAGGAGGAACGUAAUAGAAUUUGGUUUUCUAAAGCCAUCUUAAAAGGUUCCGGUUUGGCUAUUUCUGAGUUCUUGACACCAUUAUGGCUGCUCGACAAAAAUAUGGGUUCAACAAGUGCUUCACUAGAUUAG